AUGAGCCUUAUGCAAUUCCUUGCCAAGACAGAGAAUGGCUUGUGCUCAUCGCCAUUGAUCAAAUGGAACAAGGACUCUCGUCUCAUCAAGAAAUCAUCUUCGGAAUCCUUGUCAUCAUCAGCUUCUUCGCUCAUCACCAGCAGGCCUCAACAACAUCAACGCCAUGGCCCGGUUAUAAUCUAUACACAUUCCCCAAAGAUCAUCCAGACACACCCCAAGGACUUCAUGUCGCUUGUGCAAAAGCUCUCUGAUUUGUCGCACCCUAAGGAGGAAGGCUUCGUUAGACAUGGACAUGAAUCCUCUGACAUGACGACGUUGUCAAACGGGGAGGACAAUAAGAAUACAAAUAUGAUUCAAUUGGGAAACGAUGAUACCGAGUCAUCGUCUGUGAUUACAGACGAGAAUUGCACCAAUGUCAACAAUAUUAACGUCGACCAAGUGAACUCUUGCUUUGCAUGUGUUGCCAAUUUAUGA